AUGAACGCGGUAGGCAUUCGGCCGGUGGCGGUGUCGCGCGUGGCGGCGGGGCGGCGCGCGACGGGCGGCGCGGCGGCGGUGUCGGUGAGCCGCGCGCAUGUGGCGGAGGAGGCGCGGAGGACGUUCGCGCCGGCGGUCGGCACGUGCCGGGGGGCCGGGCAGGGGAGGCGCGUCGCCAUGACGGUGGCCCACGCGGCCGCGGAGGGAGCAGGCGCCGAGGCCGGCAAGGGCUCCGGGGGUCUCUCGAAGAGCACGGUCGACACGCUCGUCCUCGGCGGCCUCAUCGGCCUGUGGUACUUCUUCAACAUUGGCUUCAAUAUCUGGAACAAGCAGGUCCUCAAGGUGUACCAGUUCCCAAUGACGUGCACAGUGCUUCAGUUCAGCGCGGGCGCCCUGCUCGCGAGCGCCAUGUGGCUCCUGCGCCUGCACCCUACCCCGAAGAUCAAGUCCUGGAAGGUCCUCCUCCCCAUCGUCCCGCUGGCGUGCGCGCACACACUGGGCAACCUCCUGACCAACACGUCGCUGGGCCUCGUCGCGGUGUCCUUCACGCACACCAUCAAGGCGAUGGAGCCCUUCUUCUCCGUCCUGCUCUCGGCGAUCUUCCUCGGGGACAUCCCGUCGCUGCCCGUGCUGGCGACGCUGUUCCCGAUCAUCGGCGGCGUGGCGCUGGCGUCGGCGUCGGAGGCGACGUUCAACUGGCCGGGCUUCAUCUCCGCCAUGGGCUCGAACCUCACCUUCCAGGGCCGGAACGUGCUCUCGAAGAAGUUCCUCCGCGAGAAGGCCUUCGACAGCGUCAACAUGUUCUCAAUCAUCACCAUCAUGUCGCUCUGCCUCCUGAUUGUGCCGACGCUCCUGGUCGAAGGGUUCACGUUCACGACGGCCAACAUGACCGCCAUGGGCAUCGCGGACCCCGCCGCGGUCAUGAAGCGCGCGGCGCUCGCCGGCCUGGCCUUCCACUCGUACCAGCAGGUGUCGUACAUGAUCCUGCAGCGGGUGUCGCCGGUGACGCACUCGAUCUCGAACUGCGUGAAGCGCGUGGUGGUGAUCGUGGCGUCGGUCAUCUUCUUCCAGAACCCGGUGAGCCAGCAGAACGCGAUAGGGACGGCGGUGGCGCUGUUCGGGGUGUUUUUGUACUCCCAGGCGAAGCGGAAGUUCCCCGGCAACCAGCUCAAGCCCAAGGGCGCCUAA